GAGGAGGACGCGAGCACUGGUAGUUUGAGCAUGUGCUGGAUGAGCAGCCGAGCUCUCAGCGCUGGAUGUCCGCUCACUGCCCGCUAGACAUCCGUCCGCAGUCCCGCGCGCUUGAAGAUGCCUGGCGAUAUUUGACGACAUCUCAACGCUUUGCUGUUUAAUGCAACACAUUCUCAUGGCGUCUCUACAGCAGUCAAGAAUUCAGUCAUACCUGGAGAAGAAUAAAAUCGGACCCUUGUUUGAGGAGAUGAUGACCAAGCUGAUAACUGAGACACCAGACCACCCCAUUCCUUUCCUCAUCGGCCAUCUGCAAACCAAGCAGGAGAGUCCCGGCAGGAUUCAGAGGACACUGUCGGGAUCUGCAGCACUGUGGGCCGAGAGCUCCUCAGAAUACAAAGGCACAAGACGAGACUCUAGAGGUUAUGAAAAACCCUGGCAGAUCCAUCCCAAGAAGCCCAAGAAAUCAAAGAGUGACCUGGCCGUGUCCAACAUUUCCCCACCGUCUCCGGAGUCUAAAUCAUUGCCUCGUUCAAUACUGCGUCCUACUUGGGAUUGGAGGACCAAACCAGAGAGUCGAGACUUUGAUGAGCUCAAUCACAUACUGCUGGAGAGCAAAAAGCUUGGCAAAGCUCUAGAGAACCUGUCUCGCAGCAUUGCUGUUUCUGAUGACUUUGACUUGGACCCUCGGGCGUAUAACUCUGUUCUGAGGCCGCGGGUGGUGGGUGAAUGGGUUGGCCGUGAGGAAGAAGAUUUAGACCCCCUGGCAGCUGAGAUGUUUCAGCCCCCUGUCCCGAGAGCCAAAACUGAGGGAUGGACAAGCAAAGACAACAGUCCAGUUGGAAGUUUAAAAAUGGAGACAAAGGGGAAGGGCCUAAAACAGCAGCAACAGAAUCACAAGAAACUUCUGGCAGCCAUGUUGUCUCAGGACUCAUUUGAUUCCAUGCCUGAUUCGGCUCCAUCGGUCACUGAAGAUGAGAUGGAGGAUGAGGACGAUGCCAUGGAGCUGCUGGAGGAUCUGGAUGACCUGCGGAUGGAGGGCGUCACCGGCCUGUUGCAGUCUGGCAGUAAGUUCAGCCAGGGCCGUAGCUCCUACUAUUCAGAGCCCCAGGCCAAAGUCACUCUCAACAUCUGCUCAAGGUGUGCAAGGCUUCAAGGGGACAGUCUAACUGCAAGAACCGAAGAGGAACCAGAACGCCAUGUGUCAGAGCAAGCUGUGCCAGAAGUACCUUGUCCAUUACCCGCGGUGACAGAAACCCUGACAGCAACAGAAGACCUGCAGACGGCCUCUCAGGUGACAGGGCUGCGUCACCCUGUCUGGGCAUCGGAUGUGAAGCCAAUCAGAGGCACGAGCCCACAGACGGCCAGACGUGCUCUACAACUCCAGGACUCACUUUUCUCCAAAGAACUGGAAAACAUGGGCAAACAUCUUGCCGAGGUGGAAAAGGACUUGGCCAAACUGGCAGAGCAAGGCAAGCUGAACCGAAGUCCAAACAGCCCUCACAGGAGUUUACUUUUACCCCCACUCUUCCACACUACCAACACCCUCCCUGUUCUCGGACAGACAUCCAGACCACAGUCCUCCCAGCAGCCUUUCCUCAAAAAACCACAGGCCUGCCGCUUCACAACCCCCAAACCCACAAGCCUCAUGACGGAGCGAACAUCACCCAGUAACUCCAGCAGCAGAGCCCAGACGCCCAGCAGACCCAUCACUCCUAACAGUCUAAUGAUGCGCUCUUUCACUGCCGCUGGCCAUGGAAACAAAGAACGGGUGUACGGCCGAUCGAGGAGCAGACCUGUCACACCGACUGGACAGAUCACCAGACCGAUACUAACACCACCAGGCCUGAGCACCACUGAUCUGUAUGGAGGUCUGUGGAGCACACUCACUGAGGAUGAGUUUUACCAGCAGUUGCAGGCGGUCAGGAAGCCCUGGCGAAUUCCUAGUGAUGCAGAGAGUGACUGUCUGGACCCUCCUGAGCAGGACAAAUGUAAUCCAAGUGGAGUGAGGGAUGCCAGCAAGAGAUCUGUGUUCUCAGGCUUGUAACGGAGGACACAGGGCCAAUCAAACAUUUAUGCAAUUUUAAGGGGCAUUUCAGCAAGAGACACUUAUUUUUUUAAUUUUGACCAGAAGAAAGAUUGUGUACUUUUUCCACAGAGGCCAAUAUUUCAUAGAAAUAAUGUCACAAUAAUUCUAGAAUGUAAUGUGUUUAUCAGAAAAAGAUAAGCCUGCACUUGAACUUUUUUUGUCUGUUAGCAUGCUUGUAGUCUGUUCCAAAAAAAAAUUAUAAAAAUGUAUUUAUUGCUGCCUUGCGUAAAUAAACACAAUUUAUCACAUAAUGUUCCAAAUCAAAGGGAUUUUUGAUAAGCCUUUUCAAUAAUAACCAACAAGAGUGGGCGUUUUAUGGCAUUAGCAGAGAAUAUAAAUGUCACAAAUGUAUGAAUAAAGUUGAACAUGCACAGCACUGCCCCUGCUGACCUCAGCAUGACACUUUCUCAUUCCCUAUGGAAGGCCAAUGAGGCCAAUGGUUUUUAAAAGAAAUGAGUUCAGUUUGAUUGUGUCAUCAUGUACAGUUUGACUGCAUCAAUGUGUCAACAAGCACAACAACCAAACUUCUGUACGUGAGACUAUAUUUACAUACAGUAUGUGACACAAUGGAAUAUACAUAUAUACACAUCAAGUUGUCAAUUGUCAUCAAUGUUGUAAAGUAUAUUGAAGUAUAUUAUGCAAAGAUCAAACGUUAUAUCACCUUCCAUAAAAAUUGCCACGGCAAAAGUCAAACUGUGCAUUUUCAUGCAAGCAAACUUCAUGCAUUUCCUAAAAGACUUUUGGCCUGAUGGCCUUCCGUAUUUCCCAACAGCAUUGUGUGUCUACAACUGAACACAUUUCUAUAGAACUUACUUUGAAUUUUUUUACCCAAAGAAAUAUAUGUAGCCUGUUACACCUGUUAUAUCCUUGUAUAAUGCAAAAUAAACAUUUAUAUAAAGUUG